UCCAACAUUCGGAGUCUUCUGUGUCUUGUCGUUGUGUCUGGAUGCUAUGAUAUUGCUUUUUAAAGGAAUCACUGGUGCACAAACAUGUUAACAGCCAACGGCAAGUAAAUCACCAUGUUCAUCAUUGCGCCUCUCUCCAACUGCGCCUCACCAGCGAAGAGGGACCGUUUCCUCGAAUACAUCUCAAAAAUCAGCCCUGUGACCCACGACAGCGAGCCAAAGUGUCGUGCAUACGCCUGGUUCCGGAGCGCCGAGGACAGCGACGCCGUUCCACACCAUUGGCUCCGGGGGUUAGAAGUCUACGAGGAUGUCGAGGCCAAUACCGUGACCCACCGCGCCAGCGCCGAGUACAAGGCCUUCCGCGCCGCCGCCGCCGCCGAGGGGCUGCUUGAGCGCCCGAGCGAUCUGCGCUUCUGGCGGCCCUCAUCCGUGGGCUUCCUCACACGCGACGACGAUGGCAGCCGGGGGCCCGUCAACUUCAUGGACCGGGGCCGCCACGCCUCCUCCUCCGGGACCCGCCAGUACAUCGUCGUGGACGAGCUGACGCCACGGCCCAGGCACAAGGACCAGAUCCUGAAGCAGCUGCACGGACUGGUACGGGAGGCGGAGCGGGAGGACCAGGUCCUCAGCUUCUGGGUGCUGCACCGUGGAGAUGGGGAGCAGGAUGAGGGCUUGCUGGUCUUUGCUCGAUACGAGGACAAGGAUGAGUGGGCCAGGUUCGAGGGUCGGGAUGCGGUUGCUGCGAUGUGGAAUGAGGUGUAUGAGUUGGUUGUGGAUGAGGGCCAGAGGAGGACGACGUGGGUUGAGUCGGGGCUGGGGUUCCUGGGCAGGUAGAAUCAUAGUGACCAGCAGCAAGAAGACAAGAUGCUCCAAGCAUAUAGAUCAUCUAAUUCCAUCAUAUCCAGGAUCUUCAGCAAUAGUUAAGGUAUCUUGAUUAUUCAGAGUAUCCAGUUACAGGACAUGGCCACAGAUGGUCUGACAAAGAUCCUGCAUCAAGAGGC